AAACAAUUAUACAAAUAAAUAGCUCGGAUAGAGCUAAAGUACUAAACCUCUUGUCCUAUAAAAUCCUAGCACUCCUUGACCAGAGAAACACAAAGAAAUAGAAAAGAAAGAAAAAGAAAAAGAAGGGUUUCUUUUUCUUAAUAAGUAAGUAUAUAUAACAAGAAUCAAUAUCAAGAAAGAUCAAGAAAGUGAAGAGAAGAUAUGAUGACGAAUGGUCAAAAAAUAGAGGUGGCAGUGCAGCUACCGGAGUCAAAGGUGGCAGCAACAGAGAACAAUGAAACAAUGAGUGGGCCACUGGUGGUGGGUGGUGGAGUAGCAAAGCCUUUUGGCCGGAAAGCUGAUGUCAUGCACGUAAUACUUAGGCUGCUAUGCACAAUAACCUCUGUAACGGCAGUUUCUUUCAUGGUCACAGCUCAUCAGUCUAGCACUGUCUCGAUUUAUGGUUUUAUGCUUCCCGUUCGCUCUAAGUGGUCUUUCUCUCACUCUUUUGAGUAUUUAGUUGGAGUAUCAGCUGCUGUUGCUGCACACUCCUUGCUGCAACUGUUAAUUAGCAUGUCAAGAUUGCUCAGGAAAUCUCCAGUGAUUCCAUCAAGAAGUCAUGCAUGGCUUAUUUUCGCAGGAGAUCAGGUUUUUGCAUAUGCAAUGAUUAGUGCUGGGGCCGCUGCAUCCGGGGUCACCAACCUGAACCGCACAGGAAUUCAACACACAGCUUUGCCGAAUUUCUGCAAGCCUUUAAAUUACUUUUGUAACCAUGUUGCGGUCUCUAUAGCCUUCGCUUUCAUCAGUUGCUUGUUGCUCGCUGCGUUAGCUGUUCAGGAGGUCAUCUGGCUCUCCAAGUCCAAGUAUUGAAGUUUGUUUAUGGAUGCUUACUGGGUUUGUACACCUGUAGGAAAUACUGCUGGCUCUAUUUAUUUUGGUGAUCUUCUAGUUCUUCAGUGGAAAUUUUGUAGUCUAUCAUAUUUACAGUUGCCUUUGUAAAGAGCAAGAUGGGUGUAACUUUUACUCGCACCAUAUCCAAGUUCAGCGACCUAUGAUCAGAUUGUUCAA